CUCCGCCGCUUCCCUCUCGGCAGCAAAUGUGGAGUUCCACGCGCGGGUCUAGUCCGGCCUCGACUCCCAACUGACCCGGGAGCUCGGCUCACCUCUCUAUGCGCCGGGCGGACGGACAUCGGCGGGCGCCACUUCUCGCCGGCCAUGGAGCAAACCUACGGCGAAGUGAACCAACUCGGCGGCGUCUUUGUCAACGGGAGGCCGCUGCCCAACGCCAUCCGCCUGCGGAUCGUGGAGCUGGCCCAGCUCGGCAUCCGACCCUGCGACAUCAGCCGGCAGCUGCGGGUGUCUCACGGCUGCGUGAGCAAGAUUUUAGCUCGGUACAACGAGACGGGCUCCAUCCUGCCCGGCGCCAUCGGCGGGAGCAAACCCCGCGUCACCACCCCCAACGUGGUGAAGCACAUCCGAGACUACAAGCAGGGCGACCCGGGGAUCUUCGCCUGGGAGAUUCGGGACCGCUUGCUGGCCGACGGCGUCUGCGACAAGUACAACGUGCCUUCGGUGAGCUCCAUUAGCCGGAUCCUGAGGAACAAGAUCGGCAGCCUUUCACAGCCCGGCGCGCCCUACGACGCGAGUGGCGGCGGUGGCGGCAGCAAACAACCUGCCCCGCAGCCGGCCCUGCCCUACAACCACAUCUACCAGUACCCUUACCCCAGCGCCGUCUCAGCCUCCGGCACUAAGAUGGGCGGCCACGCCGGAGCGGCUCCCGUCUCCGCGGCCCACGUCAGCCUGCCCCGCUCCUGGCCUUCCGCGCACUCGGUCAGCAAUAUCCUCGGCAUCCGCACCUUCAUGGAGCAAAGCGGUGUUCUAGCUGGGACAGAUGGUUCUGCCUACCCUCCCAAACUCGAAGACUGGCCAAGUGUGAAUAGAACCACCUUUCCUGCUGCCGGGCACGGUGUCAAUGCACUUGACAAAUCAGCAGCAGAAGCAGACAUUAAAUACCCCCAGCCCCCUCCUGGGCUCUCGGCUGUGAGCCCUUUCCUGUCCCCUUGUGCAUAUCCAUCAUCAAACCAACCUGGCGUUUAUGGAGGGCCAGGAGGAAGCUACCUAAGUCCAUCUCAUCACCACUGGCAGACCCAAGGUAAUCCCUUGGCUCAUCAUCACGGGCCUGGAGUAGCUGUUCAUGGUACAGAACUGGCUUCCACUGUGGCUUUCAAACAUCUCUCCAGAGAAGCUGGGGAGAGAAAACAACAAGCCGCCGGUUCCGGGAGCAAACCUCCAACAGACGUCCUCUCCAGCAUCCACGGACUCUCUGUUCCUGCCUCCUCGUCCUAGGAAGAGAAAGGCGGGAAAUAGCGUCGGAGGCGGGAAGAUUUCGGAGGAGAGUCUCCUUUCUCCCAGAGGCCAGGUUUAAAUCGGGAAAGGAGGACCUGCAGCCUAUCCAGAGGCGCGCCGAUGGGGCGGGCUCCAUUGUCUGCCCGCGUUUUCUCACGGCGCCUUCUCGCCCAAACAAACGCGGAGGAACGGGCCCUGCGCGUUGCCUUCUCUGCGCAGGCGGGGGAAGCGCAAAAAAACCCCCCAACGCGUCGGUUUACCUCUCGCCGUGGAGAAAUGGAGGAAGGACAUAUUUUUUUUGAUUUACGCAGCCGAGAGUGACCGAAGGAGACCCCGCGCGGUUCAAGAGGUUUUGAUGCUGGGGUGUGAUGGACGAACUCGUUUAGAUGGCGGACGGUGUUUUUUUUGUCUAAGCAAAAGAUAGAACAAGGCAAAAGACCGAUUUUAAGCCACAACCUUCCCAUUGAGCGGUUCUUUGGCCCUGUAAUGUACUUCGGGUCUAGAAAGAGGGUGGUUGGAUGUAUAGUUGUUGCUGGGACUUCGCUGACAGCAAAGUGUAUUUUGCGUUUCAAGACACAUUACCACUGAAACACUUUCUUGUCUUAGCUACCAAAAUAAAAAUAAAAGUAUUUUUUUUAAAGAAGAGCCAGCUAGGUAUUUUCAUUCUAGGAGUCUUUCUCUUAAAUGAAAAGAGUUACUAUCCCAUCUCGUUGCACUCUUCCUAUUUUAAAAAGGCCUUCAAGAUUAAAUUCUCCAAAACUGAAUGAAGGUUUGACAGUUGGUCAAUAUGCCGGUAGUUUUUGAACAAUUAUUCAAAUUCCUUCUAAUUUAAUUGUGAAAAGUUUUAGAACUGACAUAUAAAAAGUUUCAGUAAUUGGCUAUAUAUCAUGUUAAACAAACCAAUUAACCUGAGCUGGCAAAUGAAAAGAAGGACAUUGCUCAAACUAUUAGCAUAGCCUUUCCCUUCUCUUCAUAUUUCCAAAAUGUUUUCCUUGAACAGGUUUCACAAGACUUCUGCCACUCUGCUAAAGUCCUGUUUUGCCAGCAUAGACAUGCUGCUAACUCCUAAUGCAAAAUGGCAACUCAGUAACAAUCUUU